AUGGCAGCGCCGGCCAAUGACCCGCCAGCUCUCAAGGGCGCAGACCCUAUCAUCCAUAGUGAAGAUUCAAACGGUCAAUGCCAGGAUGCCUAUGGUCCAGGCUCCCCUCGCCCAUCAAUACGUACAGACGCGGACUGGGUCCUGUGGCAGCAAGUACUGGAGUCGGCUAAAGCCGUGUGCCUUGGUUCUACGACCUCACAAUACGGACCGCCUACGCAGCAGGAUCAAGAGGCACCUGCAAGCGGCGUCGUGCACCAGGGCUCGAAUGGCGGAGCAAAAGUAGAGUGCGAGGGUUCCAAGGCUCUGGUCUUCUUCGGCGUUCUGCGCGAACAUAUCCUCCUCUUCGUCGACUUGUGUCAGCUCAGCUUGGGCACGAAUACCGAGGGUCCUGACCUUUUCAACGACACUGCGAUGGACCGUGGUGACGAGCCGCCCACGAAUCAGAAACGCGAGGGAAAUACAUUGAAAAAUCGCCUCGCGCGCUUGCAAGCCCAGAUUCAUCACCACGAUGCUUCUUUUGCGCCAGGUUGCGAACCCUACAACGAGUACUUCACCGACGCGAUCGACUACCUCACGACAACCCUGAUCGAUGUGUUACCAGAGCCCGCUGACGACUACCGCAUGAAGCCAAUUCUGAUUGCUCUGGUGGCCAGGCUGGCAGCCAGACUCAAGCAGAUGAACCGACACCUGCAUCUCCCUGCCCCUGAGCUGCAGAAGGAAUCCUUGAUUGCUCAGUUCUGCAGCGAUCUCAUACCCUUGGCUUGUUGGGAUUGGUUAGGGUACGAAAUCGACAGUCUUCAACGCCAUGUGGUUCAUCUCUUCAGGGAGGCUGCUCUGAAUCUUCCCAACUCGCUACAGAUCAGCUCCCCUACUGAUUUGAGAAAAACACUGGAAAUGUACGACUGUUCCAUUACGAAAGAAGUCAUGGUCCUUUUCAAAGGCUACGAUGGCGAAAUCGGAACAGGGAGCCAUGCCGGCUUGGACAGAUUAACGCGACACAUUGCUGCUAUGGUCUACCGAAAGUGCAGUGAGGCGGCAGAGCAGCCACGCCCUCUCGCGAGGGUGGGAUCUCGUUCCCCCGUCACUAUAGAAUGCAGCAUGAACAUUGAGCCUUGUUCACGUAUUCAAGGGUCCAGUCGGAGGGAGCUGUUUUCCUUGGAGAGUAUAGUUGCUGUCUUGAUCCCGUAUUCGAUGGUUUCCGGCGCAUUCACUGUCAGACUGGACCAGCUUGUCACCAUGUGCAGCAUUUCCUCAAAAGGGCUUGAUAAUAACUUUGUGACGUAUUAUACUCAUCGCCUGCGCCUCCCAAGCCUCUAUAAAAUAUGCGUCAACAUAUCGAAGCCUCGGAUGAGACAAGACUGCAACUAUAUCUCCCGGGUCAACCAUAUUUCCAUGAUCGACCGAAAUGUGCUAUUGAAACACGUCGACGUCAACCAGCUAAUGCAAUCGGAGUGGAACCGCAGGGCGCGAAUCCGCGAGCGUCUGGCGGUAUCGCAGACAUUGGAGGACGAUUCCUCGGCCGUAGACGACAUGUCAAACUGGAGCAACGAGAAGCGCAGAAAGAUUUUUGAAAUGGCCCAAGAUGAGUAUAACACCUGGGUUGUUGACGAAAACUCCAUCGUUGUACCGUACAAGCAAUACGCCUGGAGUUUCUUGGGUAUUGCGGCUACCCUCGUGAUCGGCGGGUUGGCCUUCGGAUUCAGUAUCGGCGAAAGGAUAGAAGGUGUAGAUCCUUUCAACAUCAGCGUCUUCUGCUGGGGUCUAGCGGCGUUCAUGCUUGUAUUAGUCAAGGCCGUCCGGGUCGAAUACUGGUCUUGGCAUCGUUUUCUCCGUGGGGAGGUAGCAUGCCGGUCGAUUACAGAAGUCGUGUCCGUCACAGGCAUGAAUCCGCAGGUUCUACUGGUGAUCCUGCUUCGACUUGAUGAUCGUAUGUUUCUCCAGACACGGGGUCCAUUCAACACUAUGUUCCGGCGCCACACGGAUGACCCCCAAAGUGGGUUUUCGAUCAACGUCCCGAUCAAAGCGACAACUGCAUUCGAGGGGACUCAUACCGGUGAUGGUGCAAGGCGAGCAGGGCCUGGGAUUGGUACUCCUGCGAGCCAACACUUGGGCAACAUUCAACUCCGUCAAGAACCAGCAAACUUUGAAAACGGGCUACACUGCCGCGAUGUCCUGCAUCCAGGGUCAUGGGCCCCGGAUAAAUCGGUGCCUUGUUACCGACUUUCGAGGGGUGACAUGAAGGUAGUGCGAGUGCUCGACGUGUACGGGGCAGACAGCUACCUGUACUAG